AUGAACGAAGUUGGUCCAUCUUUGGUGACAACUUAUACCUUUAAAAGUGGCAAAGAAUACAUUGUAAAGAUAAAAGUUACUGCUUUUGAAGGAUGUCAACGUAAUUUGGAACUUACUAUUACCGAUAAAUAUACGGGCGAAAAUUGGCAAUCUUCUUAUGAUGCUGCAUACAUUGAAAACUUGACACACAAAACUGGAAAUUACAAACAUUUUGAUGUGUUCAUAGCUAUGUUGCAAUCCGGACUAUUAAAAACAAGUGAAUCUAUUAGUUUGGAUCUCCUUACAUUUAAAGAUCUAGAGUUGUUACAUGCACGUAAACUUGAACAUAAUUCAUGUUUAAAUUUGGGUAACACAACAAACAAUCGUCGAUAUCUUAUAUUAACAUAUACAGUAGAAUUUGAUAGAAUUCAUUAUCCAUUGCCUCUGGAAUAUUGUGGUUUACCUGAUCCAAUAAUAUUACAAGCUACUAUUAGAAAAUUACAAACUGAACUUGAAAGAUUACAAUCUACAGGAAUAAAUAGAAAUUUGCAAAAACGUGUUGAACAACUUACAAUUGCAAAUCAAAAACUUAUACAAGAGAAUCAUAGGCUUUCAAAUGGAGGUAGAACCAAAUAUGUAUUUGGAUGCUUCGUAAAUUUUGAAAUUAAUGUUGUUAAAGAGCGCGCGUCUUUCCGCACGCAAAUUCAAAAACUAAAAGCUGAAAAUACUGCUUUAUUAUUAAAAGUACAACAACUCACUGCAUUUGCUAACAGAAAACCUGGAGAUGGUAGUCCAGCAUUAAAACGAUAUAAUCACGCACCUUCUACGCGUUGGCGAAGCAGAAGUCGAUCUUCUUCAAUUUCAAGACAUAAAGCAUCUAGUUUAUCACCAGUGAAUAUUUGGAAAAUUCUUAGUACAAUAUGUUUGUUGAAAUUGCAUUUAUUAAUUGAAACAAUGUACAAUAAGAAAUUUAAUAUAGUGAAUAACAACUAUUUGUUUAUAAUAUGGGGUCUAACAAUGCAUUUAAUAUUAUUAUGGGGUGUACUUGAUGUGAAUUUUCAUUCUCCUAUUAUACAAAAACUACCAAAUGUACCAAUUUUAAAAAAUGCACCAGCAAAAAGAAUGGUUCUAUUUGUAGCAGAUGGCUUAAGAUUUAGAACCUUCAUUGAAACUCCUCCAACAUUUCUAAGACAUGUAAUGAAAAAUAAAGGUAUUUGGGGUAUAUCUCAUACUCGAAUGCCAACAGAAUCUAGACCAGGAAUUGUUGCAAUUUGUGCAGGAUUAUAUGAAGAUCCUAGUGCUAUUUUUAAGGGAUGGAAAGAAAAUCCUGUUGAUUUUGAUUCUAUCUUUAAUCAAAGUCAUUUUUCAUGGGCAUGGGGAAGCCCUGAUAUUAUACCUAUGUUCACAAAAGGUGCAAUGGCAAAUAUACAUGGUGACAGCUAUCCCCCUGAGUGGCAGAAUUUUGAUAUUAUGCAUGGUCAAAUUUGGCGUUUAGAUUCUUGGGUAUUUGACAAAUAUAUUGAUUGGCUUAGAGAAGAAGCUUACAAAUUUAAGAACACUGAUCGUGUUAUUUUAUUUCUUCAUCUCCUUGGUUGUGAUACUACAGGACAUACAGCAAAGCCUUAUUCUAGAGAAUAUGUUGAUAACAUGAAUUAUGUUGAUCGAAAAAUAGAAGAGGUUGUACAAAUGACAGAGAAUAUUUUUGAAGAUAAUGGUACGGCGUACAUUUUCACAGCUGAUCAUGGAAUGACUGACUGGGGAUCACAUGGAAGUGGUUCUACAGAUGAAACAGAAACUCCAUUAAUUGUUUGGGGUGCAGGAGUUAAUGUAUUUAAUAUUCUUCAAAAUAUAGAACAGGUUGACAUUACCCCACUUAUUUCAUCUUUAAUUGGUGCUCCAAUUCCUGUUAAUAAUGAAGGUGUUUUACCAUGGCAAUAUUUAAAUGUUACUAAUCUUAAAUAUAUAAAUUAUGCUUUAUUAAAUAACUUAAAACAGUUAACAUACCAAGUAAAAGCAAAUCGUAAAAUGAAUUGUGAGAACAAUGGAUUUGCAGAUUGGAGAGAAGUAGAAUUAGAUAUGAAAAUUUCUACAUUGGAUAAAUAUCUUCAAACAGAAGAUUCAAACGAAACAUUGAAAGAAAUAGUUGAUACAAUUAAACUAGCUAAACAGUCUUUAUUAUAUUUUCGACAAUACCAAAGAACACGAUUUUUAAUAUACUUGUCCAUAAUGUGGCUAGGAUGGAUAAUAUUAUUAUUUUUUAAAAUAAGUGGAGCUAAACGACCUAUUGUUCGUUCUUUUACUUUAUUAAUAAUAGACAUUGUCUUUAUAAUCCUGUUAAUUAUGAUAUUUAUUGAGUAUAAAGUUUCAGAUUGUGAUAAUUGGAGAUUACCCUGUUAUGCAUAUUUAGCUAUAAUCUCUUUUUGGUUAGCUAUUCGAAGUGCAAUUAUGUACUCGAUAAAAUUAAAAGUGUAUAAUAAUAAAUAUUAUUGGGCAAUGAUUAUAGAAACGAUAAUUUUAUUGAUAACAAUUUUUAUUGGAUUAACAUAUAGGUCUGCCCUUAGCAUAGGGAUGUUAUGCACUACUCUUGCUCAUAAGAUGGUGUUAAAAGAUUCUCCAAGUUUGUUUCUUUGGACAGCUUUAUCUUUAGCUGUUUUUCCAUUACUACCUGUUGUAGAACCAUAUCCUCGAAUUUAUAUUGUACUUCUCAGUGUAUGUGCCGUAACUGCAAUAGUUAUAUUAAAAAUGCAAUCGAAGUAUAGAAAAAUAGUAGAAAUUUUUCGGCUAAUAAUUACUGGUUUAACGUAUUUAGAAUUUAUAGAUGGUCGAAAUUGGAUAUCGUGGGUGAUUUUAUUAACAACACCAUUAUUUAUUUUCACUUAUCCUACACAAUUAAAGAAAAGAAUGCAAGGAAUUAUAUUGGGCCUUUUCUGUCCACUUGUUCUAUUAUCAGCAUCUUAUGAACCUUUCUUUUUUAUAAUUCUUGCAUUACAUUUAUCUUGUUGGCCGCAAUGGAAUAUGCUUUUUACUCAAAGAUAUCAAAAUACCAAAAAUCUUUUAACAAUGGAAGAAUUACUCAAAGCAGCAAUUUUUAUGUUAUAUACAUUGUUGUGUUUCUUUGGAACCGGAAAUAUGGCAAGUAUCAGUUCGUUUGAUCCUUCUUGGACUCGUCAUUUCGUAACGGUUUUCUCUCCAUUUACAAUGCUCUUAUUAAUACUUUUAAAAAUUAGCAUACCUUUAAUACUAAUUGGAUGCACAAGUCACACGCUUGGAUCUUCAAGCAUUUUUUUAGGGGUGCUUUUACUAGGAGACUGCCUAUCAUUACCACUUAUGUACUGUGUUAUUCCUCAAGGAAGUUGGUUGGACAUUGGUAGUGCUAUAAGUAGAUUCACAAUCGCAAUUUGUCUUCCAUGCCUUAUAGUAUUAUUGCAUUAUUUGUCAUUUCCUCUUGUAACAUUUUUCCCAAACAGAUUUAAGUUCCACAUUAAUUUAAGAAAAAAACAUAUUGUAUAA